AGCCUUCCUAGACUGCAGACGUGUCCAUCAGUACCAAACGACGCCAUUCGCAUUGGAUAUUUCGUCAUAACAACAUUGUGAUAGUGAAACGUUACUACAGGACGUGAAAAGUGGGAGUGAUAUAACUAAUUAUUUUAUUUCUUCCGAAGGAACUGUGAACUUGAUUUAGAUAUAGAAAGAUUGUGGAUUUGAUUUUUGUUAUAUUAUAAAGUGAUUAUGACAUUUGGAUAAUUCCGGACAAGGAGUUCAUAAAUACCGCAAAUAUUUUUAACCACAGUGAAGAUCCGUGCGGACCGGAAGUCGUCCGCCGCAACAUGGUCGCCGAGUUUAUACUGAGUCAGCAGCAGCUGCUGAGCGGAGCAGGGGGCCCCGGCCUGGGCCCAGCGCCCCCCUCGGCCCGCGCCCCGCCGCCGCCCCGCGCCCGCCUCUCCGUCUCCCCCCACUUCCCGAUGGACCAAGGCCCCUCCCCUAACGGACACCCUGGCGACCCUAAUGACUACGGCAACUUUGACUUCAACAAACGUAAGGAUUUCUUCGGCCAACGCAAGCAGCGUGAGUUCAUACCCGACAGCAAGAAGGACGACGGCUAUUGGGAUCGCCGCCGGCGAAAUAACGAGGCCGCCAAGCGUUCGCGAGAAAAGCGUCGAUUCAAUGACAUGGUUUUAGAGCAGCGCGUAGUCGAACUCUCCAAGGAAAACCACGUGUUGAAAGCGCAACUGGAUGCUAUAAAGGAGAAAUAUGGAAUCUGCGGCGAGACUUUGAUCAGUAUAGACCAAGUGCUCGCUACGCUGCCGACGUGUGACCAAGUCUUGUGUGUGACGAAGAGAAGUAAGCUGUCGAGCGGUGCUCUGUUCCCCGCGCCGCCCCCACCGCCGCCACCCCCGGCAUCGCCCCCUUCUCCGCCCCCACAGCGUGCCCCGGAGCCUUACCCUGAAAGGCUGGCCGCACCAGAGGCGUACUACCCGCACCCCGCUCACUACGAACCCCCCGGUUCAGUCCUCAACCUAUCGCGGACGCGGCGCGCCCCAUCCCCCUACGAGUUAUCUUCGCUUUCCGGCUCCGGAUCCGGCGACGAGACCGCCGAGCAGUACGCCCCUGAGAACAACUGCCUGCCCCUAAAGCUGCGCCACAAGUCGCACCUCGGCGACAAAGAUGUGGCGAGUGCGCUACUCUCCCUGCAACACAUCAAGCAGGAGCCCGGUCCCAGGUCCUCCCCCUCCUGGGACGGUGAAGGGUCCAGUGAUGAGCGAGACUCCGGAAUCUCCCUGGGGGCUGAAUACAGACCUCAACGGCCGGAAGACAGGCUCGUGGAGGAGGACGAUGCGCACUUAAAAGCGGAGCUGGCACGACUGGCGACCGAAGUGGCCACGCUCAAGAACAUGAUGCACCAGAAUAAAGCGCGCGCGCACGAGCACUGAGCGGAGCGAGCUCCCCUCGGAGUCAGCCCCGCGCAGACUGCGCCCCGCCGGCCCUGCGCCCGACCCUGGCGCUUGCGGCACUACGCGCGACUCAUGUUCGUACAAACUGUCUCCACCCCCUCCCUAGUAGAAGUUACCACGUUGUAAAGAGAAGAUAUAUUGUAUCAUAUUGUGCAGCUGUAAGCGGCCGAGCCGUAUCGCCUAUCGUAAUCCUUCCUAGUAAUUAUAAAUGUCGUGGUCGAUGUUAAGUAGUAGGGUAGACAGUGAGACACGCGCACCCGUGGAUCCUAUCUGUAUGGAAAAAGAGACUAAUUACAUGUUCGGUUUAAAGACUUUUCGAGCAGAUCAAACUCGUCUACUCAGUGAUAGUUUUUAAAUAUGUAUAAUAAAAAGAUGCAUUUCUAGUGAAGAACUAUGUUUGUAUAUGUUAUAUAAGUAAACGCAGUAGAUCUGUUUCAUCUAUUCGAAGAUUCGCUAGUGAAAAAAUCGAUGGCUAAAGACUACGUUCUAUUAAGUACUAUUGUAUAAGUUAGAUGCAUAAGUAAACAUAAGUCCAACAUAGAUUAUUUAUAAAUAAAAAAUAAUGUAUAGUAUUUCUCAAUCAGAUUGCCCGUUAAGUUCCAAACCAAAAAAAAAUAUACAUAAUUAUACUGAUAGAUCCUCAUAAACAAAAUCCUGUAAAUCGCAAAUUAAUCGUAAGUAAAUCACAUGAUGUUUGUCAACCAGAUUCUAUGAUAUAAUCGGAAUAAGAAUACCAGUGCCUUUGACAAUACAUACCUAAUUACCUAAAGGAAUAUUUUUGUACAUUUAUUAUAAAAACAAAAUGGCGAUUUCACUGAAUGGAUAUUAUUCGAAUAAGUCAGUCUGUACUAUGCGCUGGCGGUCACCAAUAUGCUUUGUAAAUAACAGUCUGUAAUACGCUUAGCGCAUUCAUCACUCCAAGUGAGCUGGCUCAUAGUCUUGGACAUUUUAAAUGUAUCAAAUCCUAAGAAAGCUAGUUUGAAAAUAUUGUGAAUAAGUUACUCCUUGAUACCCCCCAUGAAGGGCAUUGAUGUGAUAGGACUGAAAAGGAGUUAUGAUAAGUAUUUAUUUAUUAUACAGACCGAGAUUGAGGAUUUUACAAUUUAUUAUCUUUGUAUAAGAG